AUGCAUGUUGUAGUCGCGGAGUACCUCGAGAUCAAUUACAUGCAAAUGAAAGAGAAAUUUGGAGUGCCGUGGAUCAAGAAAAACACUCAACAACGAAUGCUUAUAAAGAAAACAAUUGCAACCAACCGCGCGAGGAAAUUGAAUCAGCUUUCGAAGAGUUCAAUUUGGGAACAUGCCUCAAAGAAAAUUUCUCAUUAUGACUUAAACUUGAUUUUCAUCAGCAAUGGUGGCUUCACCAACCUUAAAAUCCGAUGUUUUUUGGAAACUACUAUCAAAAAGUAUCAAAAGGUGAUGUACAUGUAUCAAAAAGUGAUGUCCAUUUAUCAGCCCCUGAUAUUUUUCAUGACUUGCGUAAGAUACAGUGCUAUUUUUUCCGAAAAGGUUCCUACGACCAAACAGGGCUUUAAGCAUUUAGGUCCAAAGCCUCUCGCCUAUACUGAGAAAAAACGUGAAACUACUAAACAAUCCACAAAAAAUAAGGUAUUUCAACUCAAAGACCAAGGCCGGGGCAAAUAAUUAGUUUUUGUUGAUGUGUUAACGCAGAGCAGCUAAAAACUAGGAUCGAAGAAAGGAUGUCACGCAAAUAAUCCAUUAGUGCGACGACAAGCGAUGUCUCAUCGCCCCAAGCC